AAAGGUUUAGAUAAGGAGGAGGGAGACAAAAGCGAUGAAGAGUACACUCCCACGACACCCAAGACCGUGGGACGUGGACAGGGCAGGAAGAGAGGACGGCCUAAGCGUUUAAGUGGGGAGCAGACGGAGGCAAGCAGCUCGGCCGAUGGCACCCCCAAAACCCAGAGCUACAGGGGGAGAGGCAGGGGGAGGGGCAGAGGAAAGGGCAGGGGACGCGGUAGGGGGAGAGGAAGAGGAGUUUCUUCGAAAGAAGAUCUGUUUUUGGAAGAUUCUGACACGAGUGUGAAGGACUUUGGAGACACCUCUGCGGACUGGAGCCCCUCUCAGGAGGAGGAGUCUCCGUCCAAGAAGCCUCGGCUGAGCAGCGGCGAGGGACGAAGAGGACGAGGCCGGGGGAGGGGCAGAGGCAGAGGGAAAGGCAGAGGCCGAGGCAGGAGGAGGGCUGAGGAGGACGAGGAGGAGGGGGGGGAGGAGGAAGAGGGGGAGGAAGAGGAGAGCGGCUCGCCUGGCGCUGAUGAUGACAUUGAUGAUUAUGGUGAUGAAGAGGGUGAGAUCGGGGAACAGGAUCCGUCAGUGACGGGCGAGAUGAUGCUGUCGUGCACCGAGUGCAACAAAAUGUUCAAAGACGCGAGCAGCCUGCACCGACACGAGAAGAUCCACAAGGGACUGAAGCCGUUCGUCUGCAUCUUCUGCUCGAAAAAGUUCCGACAAGCCACGCAGCUGAAAACUCACCUGCGCAUACACACAGGUGAGAAGCCGUUCAACUGCUCCGACUGUGACAAGUGCUUUGCUCAGAAGUGUCAGCUGGUGGCUCAUCGUCGGAUGCACCACGGGGAGGAGAAGCCUUUCACCUGCGAGCGCUGCGGUUUCAAGUUUGCUACCUCGUCCAAUUACAAAAUACACAUCAGACUUCACAGCGGGGAGAAACCGUACGUGUGCGACAUCUGUGGUCAGGCGUUCGCUCAGUCCAGCACCCUGACGUAUCACAAGCGACGACACACCGGAGAGAAACCGUACCAGUGUGAUCGCUGUGGCAUGUCGUUCUCCGUUUCCUCUUCUCUCAUCUCACACGCUAGAAAACACACAGGUGAGACUCCGUACAAAUGUCCGACGCCAAAGUGCGACGCACGUUUUGCGACGUCUUCUGACUUAAAGAAACACAUUCGACGACAUCACCCAGAGGGGAGCAGCGGCGUGCAGUGUCUCCUGUGUGGGAACAGGUUUGCCAGUGUGAAGAACAUGAUCAAACACCAGGAGAAGGCUCACGCUGACGAAGUGCGGCAACACAAGGAGAGAGCCAGAGCUGUCGUCCUCCUGGCCUCCAGUCAUCCCAUGGCCUUCGUCCAGAACAAACUUUCCCAGGAAAACAAAGGUUUGGUGUCCAUAUCCGAAGGAGAGCCGCCCAACCCUGAGCCGGCCACCCCCAACCCCAAAGCCCCGGCUUCAUCCACAGACGUCGCCACCACCAUGGAGUCGGUCGACGUCGCUGCUGCCAUCAUCCAGAGCUUAAAGUCGGAGCCCACUGACCCCCCUGUCACCGCCGCUGACCAGGUGACCUUCGACGCCGACCAGGAGCAGACUAUCAACUCGGACACCCUCCACGCUCUGGUGGAGCAGCUGCGGCCGCCGCCCUCCCCCGCCCAGAGUCUGGAGCAGAUCGUCAUCAUCAGGACGGUGGACACCGAAAACAACCCUCCCCAGCAGUGAGGCCGCGGCAGAGUCGGAGCUCGCUGUGGUGGAACAUUUCUCUUUUUAACACGCAAACCACAAUCGACCUGAGUCUGCAUCGAGGUCCAGGCUCCAACUCAGUGUUGUCUCCCUGAGAAUAGGCUGUGAUGGGCAUUUGGAUGGUUGUGAAGGAUAAAUGUGGUUUAUUACAACUCGGGUCUAAUUUUUAUAGUUUUGUUCAUCGUCUCUGUCAGUAAAACUACAAGUCGACCGUUAACGUAGAGCUGGGAUCGUAGAACUUGGUAGAAUUCAGAAAUACGAGCAGUCAGACGAUCCAGAGGUAAAAACUCAGUCUGUUAUAAACAAAGUAGGAAUCCUCGUUUAACUUUCUGUUCCGAACUGUAGUCGUGUGCUGAGUUUCCUUGUUCAGUGACGGAUUAUUGCCGACUUCUAAUAAAGUGGUUUAAUGAAUCUGGAUAAA